AUGAAUACCUAUGUUAACCGUCCUUCACCUCAAAAGCCGCUAAGCCGUGCGCUGCCUUCGGGUGGUACGAUACGCAUACCAGAGCUCGAAACAAGCACGAUCGAUACAACGGAGUACAGCUUUGCAAAAUUCGCUGCGACUUAUUUCAACGCACAAGCGUCGAGUUAUCAUAGCACAAAGCCGCUGAAGAAAACUUUACUUGAGCAUGACUUACCUAUGGAUGGUAUUGCCGCCAGGGCUAUUUGGAUAAUGAUAUUGCGUUUUAUGGGCGACAUGGCCGAGGCAAAAUUUGAAGAGGAUGUUGAAAGCACACAGUUCAAUUAUCCUGACAAAGAGUUUGUAGACACUGUGGGCAAAUCUAGCGUUAUGCAACGUUUAGCAAUGACCUUCUCGAAAAGUGCCGCUCAAAGUAAAGAGUUUCAAGAAGCACUCGCUACGUUAAACGAAACCGAAUCGACACAUCAAAGUUUAAUACGAAAAACAUUGAAGCGCAAAACGAAAUUGCCAGAUCUGUUGCGAAAGACACUAGAUAAUGCCGGGGAAAUCGAGUUCUAUGAGCAAGUUUUGAAUAUGCGCAGCAGUAACUUGGAGAAGCUGCAUUUCAUAAUUGGACAUGGCAUACUGCGACCCACUCUGAGAGAUGAGAUAUUGGCACAAAUUUGUAAACAGUUAACCAAUAAUCCUUAUCGUACCUCUUUCGCUAAGGGCUGGAUAUUACUAUCUCUCUGCUUAGGCUGCUUUCCCCCUAGUAAACGGUUUGAGCAUUUUCUACGUUGUUUUAUACAGCAUGGACCCAUGUUAUAUGCGCCGUAUUGCGAGAAUCGUUUGGACCGAACCCUAAAGAAUGGACCGCGUGCACAACCACCAGCGUGGCUAGAGUUACAGGCAACUCGAAAUAAGUCUGCCAUUACCUUAAAUGUAUUUCUUUCCGACGGCAACAUGAAGAAGUUACAGGUGGACUCAGCUUCCACAGCAAAGGAAGCCGUACAGCAGUUAGCGGAGCAUAUUGGACUCUCAGAUCAUUUCGGUUUCUCUAUUGUCAUCUCAAUCUUCGAUAAAAUCAUGUCACUCGGUAAUGGCAAUGAACAUAUAAUGGAUGCCAUAUCCAAUUGUGAACAGUAUGCUAGGGAACAGGGUCAGAAUGAGAAGAAUGCGCCUUGGAAGUUGUAUUUGCGUAAAGAGAUGUUUACUACUUGGUACGAUCCAAGUGCGGAUCCAUUGGCUACAUAUUUAAUAUAUAAGCAGAUAAUCCGUGGCCUCAACUUUGGUGAGUUUCGCUGCCGCACCGAAAAAGACAUUGCUAUGAUCUGUGCACUUGAAUAUUACGUGGAACAGGGUGCAAAUAUGGAUAGUAAUGUCUUACGUAAACUCAUAACCGAUUUUGUACCAAAGAAUCUUAUGACAGCCGGUGAGAAAAGCUUGAGAAUAUGGGAAGAGCUCAUAAUAGAAACAUUUGCAAGCAAUGAAUAUGUGAAAUCCGGAACACCCAAACAAGCCAUGGAGGAUAUCUGUUUGUUUGCGCAACUAACUUGGUCUAUGUAUUUCUCGCGAUACUUUGAGGCUGUACGCACGGCUGGACCGAAACUCAUUACAGAUAAUGUAGUUAUAGCCAUCAAUUCGAAUGGUGUCUAUUUGGUCGAUGAAACGGAGCAAGUCUUGGCUGAACUAUCCUAUGCUGAGUUGUGCCAGGUGACAUGUGUUUCGGUUGAGAGCUCGAAUAUCAGUGAGCUGCAUAUUGAAACUGUACAGAAAGAGGAUUUCACCUUCAAAUGCUAUGAAGCGGCAGAUAUCGUGGAGUUGAUCAAUUUUAUGCUGAAAAAUCUCAAAGAACGCUCGAAAUUUGGUAUUGCCAUUGAAGAUUACAAGCCAGCAUUGGAAGAACGUGAAGGACGGUUAUUCUUACUGAAAGGUGAUUUGGUGCAAUUCGAUGCUGAUACCACCGGGGCGCAAGUAAUGGCGGGUGAGAAGCGAUGGUUGCCAGGAAUCUGUAACGAAGAGUUGGGAGAGUUUCCGGUGGAAGUGGUAAGCGUGCUAGCAACACUAGUGAGGCCAUCGGCAAAAUUAUUACAAUUAUACAAAGAGAGCGCCGAAAACGUGCACAAGCGAAAUUUAAAAUCGGUAAAGUACACCACAAUACAGCGCCAACGUAUGCAUACAUUGAGAAAAUUUGCAGCAGAUCAUUUUCGUGAUGACAUAAUCAACGGCUGGCCAUCACAGGCGCAACUGAAUACAGUGAAGUCCACAAAUGAGGAACUGUGGCGACACUCAUACAAUAUGCUGAAGGCUCCACUGCUGAAAGUGCUUUUACGUGAUCCGGAGAAUUUCCAAAAAGCGCUUGUAAUAUUUUACAAUAUUCUGAAGUACAUGGGUGACACGCCACAUGGUAAGCAGAACAUAAAUACCGAUUUCAUUUUCAAACACGCUUUAGAGUGUGAGACCCUUUGCGAUGAGCUUUACUGCCAGCUGAUGAAACAGCUGACGGCCAACCGUUUGCAACAUAGUGAGGAACGCGGUUGGGAUCUGAUGUAUUUGGCGACGGGCAUCAUUUACCCCAGCUCUUUGGUUAUGAAAGAGCUGCUUGAGUUUUUAAACACACGUACACACAUCCUGGCAGCGGAGUCCUCAAAGCGCUUGAAACGUACGCUGGCGAAUGGAAAGCGCAAACGACCACCACAUGCCAUCGAAGUGGAGGGCAUACAGCAGCGUUUCAUGCAUAUUUAUCAUAAGAUAUAUUUUCCAGAUGGCAGCGUGGAAGCGUUUGAAAUUGAAUCCUUUACAGGCGCUGCCCACAUCACACAAGACAUUGCAAAACGUUUUGAACUGAAAUCUUGCGAAGGAUUUUCACUCUUUGCGAAAAUCGACAAUAAGGUAUUUUCCAUGCCGGAAACGGCAUUCGCAUUCGAUUUCAUUAACGAAUUGGAGGAGUGGAUGCAGUUGAAUUUACCCAGUCGCUCACGGACACAAGUCGCAUUACAGUAUCAACUGUAUUUCAUGAAGAAACUCUGGUUUAAUGUGGUACCUGGUCGGGAUCGUAAUGCCGAUAUGAUCUUUUACUAUCCACAAGAAGUACCCAAAUAUUUGAGUGGCUAUUACAAAGUGGAUAAAAACUUGGCGAUCACAAUGGCUGGUUUAAUUUACAUAGUUGGCUUUGGCACGAGCACAACGCAUUUGCAUAAGAUCGGUGAUGUGUUGCCACAUUUGGUUCCUGAAGAUCUUAUAAUCCUUUUGAAGGUUACCCAAUGGCGUCCACGUAUAAUACAAUGUUCAUUUAGGUGCGCAGCAAAUGUUCGGUUCGACAUUCUUUUUAGUGAAGCAGAGUGGAGAUCAGAAUUUGCCCGAGACCAUAUUGAUUGCAAUAAAUAAGCGUGGGUUUCACAUUAUUCAUCCAGAAACGAAGGAUAUACUGCAAUCUUACGGCUAUGGCGAUUUAAGUUUCUGGAGCUCAGGCAAUGCAUAUUUUCAUAUGCGUUUCGGUAAUAUGAUUGG